AUGGGAGCUUCGCAUCUUAAUCUGAAGACACUUGAAAGCUGUUACGGCGCCAAUCUCGUGGCAGAGCUUUGCAUGAAGCAGAUCCGCAACGAAGCAUGUCUUUUGAAUAUCAGAGGAUUGGAUCCUCUUGUUUGUUUAUUUGCCAAAAUUGCAGACAGUGAUCAGACGCAAGCAUUCAUAGAAAACCAUGCAAUAAAUAGAGCAACUGCAGCAGGGUAUGGGAGCAUUGCUGUCUCAACAGAUCCUAAUCCAGAGGACAGAUUAACAGAUGCAGGGACAACCUCAUCAACACAGCAAACUUCCAUUUCAAAGUUAUCUGCAGAGGAGCUUGUAAAACUGAAGGAGUCGUUGCACAAGCAGCUUGGCUCGGGGCUACACGUACCAUCGGAGACGGUACAGCGCCUCACCCGACCACAGGCGAAAAAAGUGAAUCCCACGAUACCUGUAGAACCAGAAUGGUUUAACAGACCAAAUCUGACCAACGACUUUGUCAUGCCACGUAAUCGUCAUCAGCAGGAGAUCACCCCAAUAGGCAGUCUACCCACUUCUGCACAGGAGCUGUUGAUCAUAUCAGACCUCUUGUUCUGUAUGCAGGGCAUUCCUGGACAGUACGUCACACUCGAUAAAAAGUCAGAAGACUCUUGGACAUUCUCGGUUGAUGAGUCAUUGGAUAUUUCUCUGAAAGUGCUAACGAAACGAAUUCUUCCUCUAUGCUCAAACUUUUCGACAGUAGCCAGGUUCAUUGAAUCCAAGUCGGUGUUUGUCUGUGGUAUGGUGAAUCAUGCUCUAUGCGCUGCCAUGAGAGAAGUUAUCAAGAAUUACUUCGUGAACAUUUGUCAGCUGGAACAUCAAUUAAAACUGGGCGAUCUCACUCUCCACAAGCUGUGGUUCUUCGUGCAGCCUGCCUCAGAGGUCAUGGAGGUCAUGGCCUGCAUUGCGACGGCAAUCAACAAGGGUCAAUGUAAAGGUGGAGCAGUCCUCAGUCUCCUUCAUGAAAGAACAGUUGGAACGACCGGGGAUCCUCGAACCCAGGAGCUUUGCACCUUUCUCGCUCAGUCGGCGUGUGUUCCAUACUUUGACAUGUUGGAGAAGUGGAUCUACAAAGGCGUAAUAAGAGACCCAUAUGACGAGUUUGCCGUGGAGGAGCACGAGUCCGUGCAGAGAGAGAAGCUUCAGGAGGACUACAACGAUGCGUACUGGGAGCAGCGCUACACGAUAUGUCGCGAACGCGUGCCCGUCUUUCUCGAACGCGUCAUCGACAAAUUGCUGAACACCGGAAAAUACCUGAACGUCGUCAGACAAUGUGGUCAGGACGUGAAGUUUCCAGGAGCGCAGGAAAUUGUCUACACGAUGCAGGAGAGAGAGUAUACAGUGCAGAUAGAGAAGGCAUACAACUUUGCUAGCAAAAUGCUGCUAGAUCUUCUCAUACAAGAUAAGGAUCUCAUCGGCAGGCUUAGGUCCGUGAAGCAUUACUUUUUUAUGGAUCAAGCAGACUUCAUGGUCCAGUUCAUGGACAUGGCAGAAUUGGAACUCACCAAAAACAUAUAUGAUGUGACGCCGACUCGGCUGGAGUCGUUACUUGAACUUGCUGUCAGGACAAGUGUCGCUAACGUUGACCCUUACAAGGAUGACCUCAGAGUUGAGCUGCUUCCCUAUGACCUCAUCACGAUGCUCUUCCGGGUCAUCAGUAUUGAGACGGAGCAGGAGAAAGCAUACAAGAAGGAGAAGGAAGAUCUGCACCUGACUGGUCUUGAGGCAUUCUCGUUCGACUACAAGGUGGAGUGGCCAGUGUCGCUAAUACUUAGUCGCAAGGCGCUGACAUGCUAUCAACUGCUCUUCAGACACUUGUUCUACACGAAACAUGUAGAGAGCAGACUUAGCAGCGUGUUUGUGGAGUGUAAGGACAUGCAGCACCGGGUUCCGUUCCACGCACUGCGACACCGCAUGCUACACUUUGUACAGAACCUACAGUACUACAUGAUGUUCGAGGUGAUCGAGCCCAACUGGAAGGAGUUUGAAGACAACAUGAAGGAGGUGAGUAACGUGGAUGAGGUGCUGCAGAACCACACUGAGCUGCUCAACUGUUCGCUGAAGGAUUGCAUGCUCACCGACCCGGCCCUGCUCGACAUCGUUCACAAGGUGCUUGUGCUCUGCCUCAAGUUCACCAACUUCCUUGAGGUGAUGGUGGGAGCGAAGGUGGCUGAGGACAAGAUGCUGUCGAAAUUCGAUUCGAAGUUCUCGAAACUGCUGCACAGCCUGCUGGAGAAGAUCACGGAAUCUGGGAAGCUGACGCAUGAGCACAAACUCAUGAACAUCGUAUACAGAUUGGAUUUCAAUGGAUUUUACACGGAAAAACUGGAGCAACUUGCAGUAGAGAAAUCCAUGAUAUCCGACCAGUCAGUGGCAGAUGCCGUACAGUGAUCGGUUUGAUGUAUACCCAUCUCAUAUCACCUCAUUCAACUACAGCACAUUUCAACUACAUCCGGAGUGUAUAAUAUAGAUAAUUGAAUUUCUUGUGCUUCGAGUUAUACUUCUCUCUGUAUUACACACUCCCGCUACAUUGUUACAUUCUACGUUAUUGUACGUUGUCUAUCUUCGUACGAUGCAUGCAGCUGGGCUAACUCACGGGCGAUGUGACUAUGAAGUGUUGCAGACAGGGCGAAACAAGCCUAAUUAGUCUUAGUCUUAAUCACUAAGAUGUGUAGGAUGGUAAUAGUCAAGUCUUGGUGAUGUAGUAUUGCAUCGCGUGAUAAAGUAGCAGGUAUUAGGUUUUUUAGCGACGUAAUGUGUUUCGUAGCUACUAUAUUGACCAUUUUGUUUAGUUACCCCCACAGUCACCGCAGCAAGUUAACGAGUAGGAAAGCAUGUAAUUAUCGUUAUGGUAUGCUAGACGAACCUUCCUCGUUAUUGCGGAAGUGGGAUUUCAGAACGUGAAUUGAAUGUAGUGUUAUUUACUAUAAGAACAUUUGCGUUGUAUCAAGAGCGCAAUACUGUUCAAAUGCUUCAUGUGCUCCUAGU